AUGUUCCCAGUCUCUGCGCCCGACGAGCUCCGGAAGAUGAACGGCCACGGCACCACGUCCCUGCCCAACGGCGGCCGACCUUGGGGCGAUCCCGUCAAGCACCGAGAUCCCAAGCUGCCCCUGCUCGAGUCGUCGUGGCUGCGCAAGGUCGUCUUCCUGGGCACGGGCACCUCGGGACAGGUGCCGGCGAUCCACUGCGUCACCUCGCCCGACUUUGGCGGCUGCGCCACCUGCGCCGACGCCGUCAGACCGGGCAGCCGCAACCACCGCGGCUGCACCAGCGUCGCCCUCGUCGGCCGCCACUCGCACGACGACGACGACGGCAGCACCAUCCUCAUCGACUGCGGCAAGACGUUCUACUCUAGUGCCCUCGUCCACUUUCCCCGCAACGGCAUCCGCAGGCUAAAGGCCGUCCUCCUCACCCACGCCCACGCCGACGCCAUCCUCGGCCUCGACGACCUCCGAGCAUGGACCAUGGGCUCAGUGGUACAGCCUUUCGUCGACAUCUACCUCACAGAGCAGUGCAUGCAGACCGUGCAGGGCAUGUUCCCUUACCUCGUCGACCGGUCAAAGAGCACGGGCGGAGGCGACGUCGGGACGCUGCGGUGGCACAUCAUCGACCCGGAUCGACCGUUCUGGGUCGGGACGGGACGCAGCAAGGUCGAGAUCCAGCCCCUGCCCGUCCUGCACGGCUUCGUCAAUCGCAAAGACCCCUUCUGGACGCUCGGUUUCAGGAUAGACGGAUUCAGCUAUGUCAGCGAUACUCACUCGAUCCCGGAGACGACGACGCAGAUCAUGGCCGGGUCCGAGGUCAUCGUGAUGGACGCCCUCAAGAUGGAUCGCCACUCGAGCCACUUUUCGUUCUCGCAGGCGCUCAGUUUCCUCGCCUCGCUACCGCCGCCCCCGUCCUCGACCGCCGACGGUGGCACGGCAUCGUCUCCGCCGAGAUCCAACGCACGCCUGCCGAAGCUGGGCAUCCUGACCGAUUUCACGCACCGCAUCGAGCAUUUCGCCACGCAGGAGCUCCUCGACGCAUGGAGGAGAGGCCUCAUGGACUGGCAGGUGCAACAGGCUCCGGCGCCGUCUGAGCGAGCAGGCAAAGGAGAGGCGGGCGGACCGAGGUGGUGGGAUGGUGUCUGGGACGAGGCGGACUGCGAGCGCCGGCUGACCAUCGCGCUCAAGGGGGAGGCCGAUAAGCUGUCACGCGACACGCACGGCAGCGGCGACGGCGACGGCGAUGGCGCAGCAGACCGCGAGGCGGCGUGGCGGGCAGCACCCCACUGGAUCCCGCCGGUGGCCAUGUCGUGGGACGGUAUGGUCAUCGAGUUCCAGCAGACGAGGAAAGAACCAUAG